CUCUUGGUCGAACCAAAACAAAACGAAAUAGGAAGGUUGAAGACUCGUCCGGCUGUAAACGUCUUUCCAACUUGCACGACUGUUAAAACUCAUAAAGUCAAGCAGAAAAUUGAGGAAUAAGAAAGAAGCACAGAGUUUGGUGGAAAUUAGCACUCAAUCAUGGCCACUUACCCGGCACCCGUCCUGUCCCAUAUCGGUACUCGACGCCACCCUAUGAUCUCUGGUCGGAGCCCAGAACCCAAGAGGACAGCCGUCGUCUGUACUGCCCAAAACUACGACAGAGCGAAAGAGGUGAAGCGAUUCGACGAUUCCAAGCUCGGAGUCAAAGGUCUCGUCGACUCCGGCAUAACCACCAUCCCCCGCUUCUUUGUUCACCCACCCGAGACCCUUUCCGACCUCAAACCCAGCUCUCAAGCCGUACCAGAAACCGAACUCGUCCCCGCCAUCGACCUCGCCGGGGUCGCAUCUGGUCCCCGCCGCCCUGUUAUUAUCGACCGAAUCAGACGCGCCGCCUCCACCUCCGGAUUCUUCCAGAUCAUCAACCACGGCGUCCCGUUGGAUGUUCUGGACCGUACGAUGGCCUCCAUCAGGAGUUUCCACGAGCAACCAACGGAGACAAAGGCGCGGUUCUAUCGUAGAGAUGUAGGCACCGGCGUUUCCUACUUGUCCAACGUCGACUUGUAUCAUUCCAAAGCGGCCAGUUGGAGGGACACUAUCCAGAUAAGAUUGGGUCCAAAAAUGGCGGAUGAGGAAGAAGUACCAGAGAUAUGCAGGAGCGAGGUGAUGGAGUGGGACCGAGAGAUUAAACGGCUGGGAGAGCUUUUAGCGGGUCUGCUGUGUGAAGGGCUGGGAGUAGACAGUGGGAGGUUGAAAAACAUGUCGUGUUUGGAAGGGAGAGUGAUGGUGGGCCACUACUACCCCUACUGCCCACAGCCAGAUCUGACGGUUGGGCUUGCUUAUCACACGGAUCCUGGGAUUUUGACGGUGGUGCAGCAGGAUCAUAUUGGGGGAUUGCAGGUCAGGUAUGGUGGAGGAUGGGUGGAUGUUAACCCCAUCCCUGGGGCUCUUGUUAUCAACAUAGGGGAUUUGCUUCAGGUUAUGUCCAAUGAAGAGUACAAAAGUGCUGAGCACCGAGUGUUGGCCAACUCGAACGGUGAAGCACGUGUUUCAUUGGCGGUUUUCUUCAACCCAAGCAAUAGAGAUGACCUGUAUGGACCCUUGCCGGAGUUGAUAUCACCGGAGAAACCAGCAAUUUACCGGCAGUUCACGUUGACGGACUACAUGACGAGGUUCUUCAAAAAGGAGCUGGAUGGAAAAUCUUUGACAAAUUACUAUAAACUGUAAUUAGUUUCUAGAAAAAAAAGAAGCCAAUCGAAAUGCAGAUUUCAAAUUGUUGUGAUCAUUGAUGUUUUGAAAAUUAGCAGCAUCUCUAAUUUCAUCGUCAUUUGCUUGUC